GAAUUGUUUGCCUGAUAAAGUAGUAAUGAUUUUGGCUGUACUCCAAGAUUUACCUUCAUCUAAAGAGCUUUUCCAAGGAGAUUCUGCCAUCCAGCCCCUCCUGGGUAAAUUGCAAACGACCUUUCGUUUCACAUUUUCCAAGGACAAAGAACGUCAUUUAAAAGUGACCAAUUUUCCUCCUAAGAAUAUAAAAGGAUGGAGAUUCACCCAAUGCAAUCCUCCUGUGAUCAGUGAGAGUCAUGUUGCUGAAUAUAGUGCUGGUAAAAGUGCUGAGCCUCCAUACAUUCAAGUAUCAGUACAGCCUGAUGAAACUGGUGCUACUAACAAGAUGUCCCAUGCUUUAUCUAUUGAUGGUAUAAAGAUAUCAUCUGAUGCAUCUACUGUUCAAUGGAAUAUUGAAGUAUCUAAGAAUGAAUUAUUAUCAACCACUCCUUUACCAAUUGUUCCAUCAGUUGUUACUGCCACUUCAACUGAAAGAGUACGACCAGAAAUUAUUGCACCAGUUGCACCAGAAGUUGCUUAUAGAGUGAUGUCAGAAUGUAUUUCAGCUUUCAAACACUGUGGGAUUGAUCUUCACUUCUUAGCAGUGAAGUUAUUAGAGAAGAAGAUAAUAAAUAAAAGACAAAAGAAGAAAGCCACUGAUGAACACAGUGGAUGUACCACUGACCAGAGAAUGGAUCAACUACUUGACAUUAUUAAAGACUCUGUACAACAAGAGGGAAAGGUUUUUGAGUAUAUUUUAGAAAUACUCAAAGACGAAGAUACCAUACUAGCUAACAAACUGUAUGAUGAUAUGAUUAGUAAAUAUGAACAAUAUAAAUAGUAAUGCCAACAUUUAUUAUUAUUUUGUUUGAUUUGUAUUACAAUAGCAAAGUUAGUAAUUAUAUAUAGUACCCAUAAUUGAGAGUGGACUUUAAAGUA